AUGUCCAGUGGUGACGGAGCGGUCUGUGCGGAUGGCUCGUCGGCUUCCUACCACCGUCAACCAGUUGCUGCUGUUGUCGGAGCGGCUGGCAGUCAAGUUUCCGUUAUGGUGGCCAGCAUGCUCCAGCUUUUCAAGGUAUUCCUUUAA